AUGACGGUGGUGAAAUUCCGUCGCACAGGCGAGAGUGCAAGGUCAGAGGAUGACGCAGCUUCGGGAGAGCAUGAGGUCCAGAUUGAAGGGGUCCGCGUGGGCCUAGAGGCCGUCGAGCUGGACGAUGGGGCAGCUGUGCCCAAGGAGUUUGCUAAUCCCACUGACGAUACUUUCAUGGUGGAAGAUGCAGUGGAAGCCAUUGGGUUUGGAAAAUUUCAGUGGAAGCUGUCUGUUCUCACUGGCUUGGCUUGGAUGGCCGAUGCCAUGGAAAUGAUGAUCCUGAGCAUCCUUGCACCACAGCUACACUGCGAAUGGGGCCUCCCCAGCUGGCAGGUUGCAUUGCUGACCUCGGUAGUCUUUGUCGGCAUGAUGUCCAGCUCCACGCUCUGGGGAAACAUCUCAGACCAGUACGGCAGGAAAACAGGGCUGAAGAUCAGCGUGCUCUGGACUCUGUACUAUGGCAUCCUCAGUGCUUUCGCGCCCGUGUACAGCUGGAUCCUGGUGCUCCGGGGCUUGGUGGGCUUCGGGAUUGGAGGGGUCCCCCAGUCGGUGACGCUGUACGCUGAGUUCCUUCCCAUGAAGGCCAGAGCUAAGUGUAUUUUGCUGAUUGAGGUCUUCUGGGCCAUCGGGACAGUGUUCGAGGUCGUCCUGGCUGUGUUUGUGAUGCCCAGCCUGGGCUGGCGCUGGCUGCUCCUCCUUUCGGCUGUCCCCUUGCUCCUCUUCGCGGUCCUGUGUUUUUGGCUGCCAGAGAGCGCAAGAUACGAUGUGUUGUCCGGGAAUCAGGAAAAGGCCAUUGCCACAUUAAAGAGGAUAGCAACCGAAAACGGAGCCCCCAUGCCGCUGGGGAAACUCAUCAUCUCCAGACAGGAAGACCGAGGCAGAAUGAGGGACCUUUUCACGCCCCAUUUUAGAUGGACAACCUUGUUGCUGUGGUUUAUAUGGUUUUCCAAUGCGUUUUCUUACUAUGGAUUAGUUCUGCUCACCACUGAGCUCUUUCAGGCCGGAGAUGUCUGCAGCAUUUCUAGCCAGAAGAAGGCAGUAGAAGCAAAAUGCAGCCUGGCCUGUGAGUACCUGAGUGAGGAGGAUUACAUGGACCUGCUGUGGACUACCCUCUCUGAGUUCCCAGGUGUCCUUGUGACUCUAUGGAUUAUUGAUCGCCUGGGCCGCAAGAAGACCAUGGCCCUGUGCUUCAUCAUCUUCUCCCUCUGCAGCCUCCUGCUGUUCAUCUGUGUUGGAAGAAACAUGCUCACUCUGUUACUCUUCAUUGCAAGAGCAUUUAUUUCUGGAGGCUUCCAGGCAGCCUAUGUUUACACACCUGAGGUCUACCCCACGGCAACUCGAGCGCUGGGCCUGGGCACCUGCAGUGGCAUGGCAAGAGUGGGCGCUCUCAUUACCCCGUUCAUUGCUCAGGUCAUGCUGGAAUCUUCCGUGUACCUGACGCUGGCCGUGUACAGCGGCUGCUGCCUCCUGGCUGCCCUGGCCUCCUGCUUCUUGCCCAUUGAGACCAAAGGCCGUGGACUACAGGAGUCCAGCCACCGAGAGUGGGGCCAGGAGAUGGUCGGCCGAGGGACGCACGGCACAGGCGUCACCAGGUCGAACUCUGGCUCUCAGGAGUAGGGACCGAUGCGGGGCUGAGCCAGCCUUUGAGGCUGUAGAACACGGGGGGCUAGUGGAGCCUGGCUGGGGCACCGACCGUCACUGCCGACGUCAAGAACUCACCCAGAAGGACAACCUGGACCAACAGGGUUUUGUGUCUUGACUCCGUUUGCUCAUAUUCAUCAAGAUCCACCUGGGGGUGGGGAGGCAUUUGCUCCGGGGGUCCUCUGGAUGCGUGGGGGGAGGUUUGUUAAUAACCUGUGGACCUGCAUGGGAAAACUGCCACAUUGGGAGUGGCCGGUGUCACCAGUAGCCAACGAGAUGCCACCCAGAGUCAGCCAGUCACACCCUUGGUGAACAACCACCUACACAUCUCUGUAGAGACAGUCCAGGCCCAUAGCCCGGUAUAGACCUGCCACCCAGGGACUCAACACCUGCCAUCCACCAACAGGACCUGUUUCAGAGAUUUCUUCUCCACCCCUGGCCCCAGGUUUUCUUCUUUGAAAUUGCAGGUGACCCGGCUGUGGCC